AUGUCAGGCUGGAACACUAUUGAAUCGGACGCUGGAGUAUUCACACGAUUAAUUACGGAUCUAGGCGUUGAAGGAUUGCAAUUUGAAGAUAUACCUUAUUUGCAAUAUCUCGAAGAAGAAUCAGUAUCUUCUUUACUUAAAGGUGUGGUGUUUUUAUUUCCUUAUGAGGUUUCCUUGUAUCAGGGUUCAGAGCCCGUCCAGGGUACAUAUGAAACAGACAGUGAUAAACUUUUCUUCUCCCAGCAAACUAUUCAGAAUGCUUGUGCGACGCAAGCUGUAAUAAACAUAUUGUUUAAUUUAGCCAAGGAAGAUGAAGAAUCAGUUACAUUGGGUCCAGAAUUGUCCCAAUUCUAUGAAUUUGUGAAGGAUUUCCAUCAAGCAGAAUUGAUUGGUGAAACAAUCAAUAAUUCAGAAUUGAUUCGAAAUGUGCAUAAUUCUUUUACACCACCUAACCUUUUUGUCAUGGAUGAAGAUCCUUACAGGAACAGAGGAAAACCAGAAGAAGUCUUCCAUUUUGUCGGGUUUAUCCCAUACAGAUCAAGAAUUUAUGAAUUAGAUGGUUUAAGGCCAUACCCUAUUGAUCAUGGUCCAUUCACUGACUUUGCCAAAGAUGUGCAAAACAUCUUGCAGGAAAGAAUGAACAUUUUAGUUCAAUUAGGAGUGCAUAAGUUCAACAUAAUUGGUGUAAUAAAGGACAAACUAGAGUUCUUACAAAAUCAACUACAGAAGGAAGACAUUAAUGAUAGCGAAGAGUUUAUACUUGCGGAGCAGUUGCAAGAGGAACUGAAUAAAAGAGAAAAAUGGAACGAAGAGAUAACAUUCCGCAGACACAAUCUCACUGGUCUUGUCUUAGAAUUAGCGAAACAGACAUGCUCUUCUAUGUCGCAACAGGAGUUUCAAGAUGCCUUAGUGCAUGCGUCAGAUAAAUAG